AAGGCUUUCAGGGGACCCAAUCAGUCAAGUCACCGCAGCCACAGGUGACAGGCCCUGUUUUACAAGGCUCCGCUCUCGCCUCCACCCACAACUAAAAGUGAAGGAAAGUCAUGCGCUGAAGGAAACAUAACUUGGAGAAGACUUUACACCACAUUUACCGAGGCGUCUAAUUUUAUACUGAAUAAUUCUGGUAAUAGCCCAACUGUUUGGCAGCAGUGGUUGUUCUUCCUUCUAUGGCACUGUACAAGGAAAAUAGCCAAGAGGACGCACAUGAGUGCCCGGUGUGCUAUGAGUGUCUGUCGGGCACUGAAAGGACUCUGAGCUGCGGACAUGUGUUCUGCCACGACUGCCUGGUCAAAACGCUGGUCAGCAUCCACAGCGAUGGAAACAUCAAAGACACAAUCGUUUGCCCCAUCUGCCGACACCUGACAUUCAUCAAGAAACAAAAGGAAGCGCUCGUGUCCCUCGCGACGGAGAAGGAUCCAGAUGAAGGGCAGACCCUGGAGGUGCCUCUACCUGUGUCACUGGGGCAGCUCGAGAGCGCGCGGCAAACCUCCAGGGACAGUUUACCGACGGGGUUUAAUUGGAUCGCUAACUGCUUCAGGGGGAUCACCGAGCGAGUCCGUCGACAGAGGCUGAUCAGCCCCAGCCACAACGCGUCUCAGAUCUUUAUCAUAAGCGCUCAGGGGCGACCCAUGGCUGAGGAAGAUGCGCUCAGUGUUGUAAUGACUGUGGUCCAACCCCAGCGCAGGCGAAGGCGCAGGAUUUGCACAACUGCACGGUGUCUGCUCGUUUUGCUGUCAGCAUUUACUAUACUGGCACUGGUGGCUGCCACCUUACCCUGGAUUUUGUUGGCUUAGCCCAGUGAUGUGGGUGUCUGGAUUAUGAUGUGCCAACAGGGAAUGAGGAAUGGACAUUUAUAGAUAAAGAAACUCUCCACAAACUCAAGUUUAUCCAUUAGCUAUGCAAUGAAAUAUGUGAAGCAGUUUGUUGUACUGAUAAAAAUGACACAACCAGGCAACAGAAAAUGUGCAAUUCAGGUGAUCUAUCAGUCUGCAGCAUUGUUAUCAGGCAUUGUCAUUUCCCCCCUUGGUUUAACAGUUAGGGAGUUUAUUGGCAUGCCCACCUCCUUUAUGUGCAUUACCAGGCAACAGUCUAAAGCAAAGUAAAGGUUAGGAAAGCCUUGACAGAAAGUCUUUUGUGUUGCAUUCCUGUCUUUGACAAGUUCUACCUGUUUUAUGAGAAGGAAACGCGCAGGAAAUUUUAACAAUUUCAAAGCACAUCCAAAAGUUGGUAGACUGAGCAUGGAUACUUUGGAGGUAUAAUUUAAACAAUUUAAGAAAAGGUUUGUCUGGGAAAAAUGCAAUAAAAACCCUUUAACCCUGCAUAACGCCAUUGCUGUUAAAGCAGUUCAAUUCAUUGCUGUGUUACCUUGUUGUUAGAUACCCUGUCUCCAUACAGCAGGCAAUAACUUAGGUACAACAUUUAUCCUACUUUCAGGAUUGUUUUGUGUGUCUGCCUGUGUCAUCAAAAGAAAAACAGAGAGGUUACAUUUUGGUUGCAAGACAUGAGCUUGGUUUAGUGAGAGAGCAAAGUGUGAUAACAGUCAAGGUAUCACGUUGGCAGACCUUACAUCACAAGGAGGGAGAGGUGUCAGACGUUUAAAAAAACAUUCUCACAGUUUCCAUUUUACACUGUCAUCUGAAACACAGAUCAAAUGGAAAAGGGUUGAACAGGCAGAUAACUGGAUAGAGUUAGUGGUUGUAUUAGACCCUUCUGUAACAUCCUUUGCAACAUGCGAGCAGCUUCUGUUGCAGUGUGUUUAUAAAGACGCUGUAAACGGUGUCACCUUUAAAACUUUAAGUGAGAAAUAAUUGAUGCGCCCAUGGCAGUCUGAAGGCGAUAUACUAGCAGGUAUAGGGAUGAGCUAAGCCUGGUCCACUGCUGUAAGAAGAUACAGUGCUGGACUGCAGGAUUACAUUACCACCAACUCUUUAAGAAUACAGACUGAGACAGGAGAGAGGGUUUUAUUAGGUUCAUUUUGGCUAAAAUGAGAAAAGAAUAGAGGUUAUGAAAAAAAUAACCCAAUAAGAUAAUAUGGCAAUUGAUUUCUUUGAGUGUAAUUCGUUAAUUGUUUUUGGGCAGGGAGCUAAAACAUUGUCUCAACAUACUUACAUACUGAGUUGCAGUGUAUUACGCAGCCUGGGGUGGAAGUUCAUGACAUAUGACAGUCUAGUUUUCAGAAUGAGCAUGAUCAGUAUCAUGACCAGCCUGACAGACGUGUACACUCCUAGUUUCCUCCUGUAGCAAAUCCUCAGUCAUCCUGCCGGGCCAGUCCUACAGGUUACACUUUUGGAGAGCCUCCUGCUUUUCAGCCCUGCCUGGUUUCUCUGAACAUGGGAGAAGGAUAGAAAUGAUUUCAUUCAUUUGAUGAAUUAGACUUUUUAGAUCAUUGUCCUAUUUUGUGGCUUGUGUGUCAGCGUGUGGACCCAAAUUAGCCUUUAAGUUGUAAAAGCCACAGCGAAGAGAUAACAGCUGAAAAAAGAAUAACACAAGGGAUGUAUUCAGAUUCAAUUAUGACAGUACAGAGGGCGAAAACAAAUUGCUCAAUGAGCCAGUAGCAAAGUCUCUCCACAAGUAUGCUCAUGCUAUUAUAGAAUCAGGCAGUGGUGGGAGAAGUACUCAGAUCCUUUACUUAAGUAAAAGUUACAGUACAACAGUGUACAAAUACACAGUUACAUGUAAACUACUACCUACCUAAUUAAAAGUACAGAUGUAUUAUUAGAAAAAUAUACUCAGUAUUAAUGCAAAAAAGAAGUAAAAUUUCCCUUAUGACUGAUUAUAUUACAUACUGUGUAUUGUUGAAAUGUAUGUCAGAUUAUUAGCAUCUUACUGCUGAGUUAGCACUCGCUUUUAACAACUUUUUACUGCCAGAAAAUAAAUCAGAAAGGUUGUAAAAUGAUUAAACGGAGAGAAAUGAAAAAAAAAAAAACAAAAACAAAAAAACAAAGUUGUGAUACACUAAUCGGGAGUUUUGGAGUAUAGAAGGGAAAUGGUGGAGCUACUAACAAUGUCUUUUUCAGGGCUGCUCUCACUUGAAACAGUGACAUUUUAUGGGCAAACAGAAGUCUUGAGUAACAGUUCUGUCAUCAUGGAUCAUCAACUGUAAAAAAAAAAAGAAUAACACUGAAAUAAAAUCCACAUGAACCAGGUGAGAUUAUUAAAAAUGUAGAGUUUAAUAUAUAUAUUUAUUUCUGACAUUCUGAUAAGGAUUGCAGGUAGGCUUCACAGUACACACUGUGUUCCACUUGAUAUGCUAAGCAGAGGAGGAAGGGGUGGGCAUGGUGGGCUUGACAAGCGGCAGGUUUUCGUUUGUACACUAGUAGUGAAAGCAGAAGGAGGCAGUACAUCCACAGGCAACGUCCACUCCUCUACCGUAUUGCUCAAAACCCCAACGAAGGACCAUUUUCUUGUGAUCCACAUUCUCUAGAGUCUGUCAUUUUAUUCUUUACCCCUCUUACAAUCCCUAAAAAGACAGUGAUUGACACAAAACGUGGAUUAUCAAAAGACUAUCUAAGCGCAUGCAUGACACUUUUUCAGAUUUUCCUCUUUUUUUCUCAUUUAAAAUCCCCCCCACAAAAUGUAAACAAAUUGAGCUUUACUUUAGACCAACAUACUUGGUGGUGAGGUGAGAUAGGAAAUAGGCCUACAGUAGUUAAAACGCUUGAUAAAACUACGCAACAGUGUACCAUUAGGUGCAAAAAGUGGCUCCUAUGAAUAUGCUCUUGAAAAGUUAAUUUACUGGCUGAAAUUAGAAAUGUAAUGAAAUUAUGACUUGUGUUUUUUUGGGGGGGAGGAUACAGACAUUUUUUUCUUUUCAGCAGCAUAAUAAUCACACCUAUAAUGAAUAUGAAUGCAUGCUUUUAGGUGGCUGUAUUUUCCAGUUAUGAUGCACAAAAGCA